UCCCACUCCUCCUCCUCCUCCUCCUCCUCUCCCUUCUCCUCCUCCUACUCCCACUCCUCCUCCUCCUCUGCCUUCUCCUCCUCCUCUCCCUUCUCCUCCUCCUACUCCCACUCCUCCUCCUCCUCCUCCUCCUCUCCCUUCUCCUCCUCCUACUCCCACUCCUCCUCCUCCUCUGCCUUCUCCUCCUCCUCUGCCUUCUCCUCCUCCUACUCCCACUCCUUCUCCUCCUCCUCUCCCUUCUCCUCCUCCUACUCCCACUCCUCCUCCUCCUCUGCCUUCUCCUCCUCCUCUUCCUCCUCAUCAACCUCCUCCGCAUAUUUCCUCUCCUCCUCCUCCUCAUCAAUCCUCAUCACCUCCUCCUUCCUCUUCUCCUCCUCCUCCUCCUCCUCAUCCUUCCUCUCCUCUUCCUCAUCCUUCCCCUCCUCCUCAUCCUUCCUCUCGUCGUCGUCGUCGUAAUCCUCCUGCUCCUCCUCCUCCUCCUCCUCCUCCUCCUCAUCCUUCCUCUCCACCUCAUCCUUCCUCUCCUCCUCCUCCUGCUCCUCCUCCUCCUCAUCCUUCCUCUCCUCCUCCUUCCUCUCCUCUUCCUCCUCCUCCUCAUCCUUCCUCUCCUCCUCCUCCUCCUCCUCCUCAGGAACAUCAGACCACAGAUGA